UGCCCCAGUUUCACGUUGAUCCAUUUUCUCGUAUAUACCUAGCGAUGCGGCUGAACCAUUCGCCCCUUUCUCGCUGACAAUAAUCAAAUGUUAAAUGUCCACAUUCCCAUCGACGGGCCACAAGAACACCCCCAAGCUCCCACCUUCCCCAAACCCAUCCCAAAUCUCUCCACGUCCGGGCUCCAAACCCGUCUGGGCAUAUCAACCUCUCACGCGAACCCCACGAGUACUCGAUAAAAAUGAAACUCACCGUCGCGAUCCCCGUCCUCCUCGGCGCCGGCACCACCCAAGUCUACGCGCAAAAGAUCUACAUUGACAAGGCGCCGGGCUACGCGGAGCUGCCGCCGUGUGCCAAGGUGCCAGUGAGCACCAUCGUGCGGGACAUGAAGCGGGGGUGCGGCGACGGCGGCCGGUACACGUCGUUCAGCUGCUUCUGCACGGCGAGCUCGAGCAAGUUCGCGUCCGUCAUCGGCACAGAUGUUGCUGCGAGGUGUGCGGCUAGCGGGAUCGCCUCGCAGGGCUUGGUUGCCGCGCUGAGCGUUUUCGAUAGCUAUUGUCGGGUGCUGUCUACUGGGGCAACCACUACGGCCCCGGCCACUCUCGCUGCGCCCACUCUGGCUGCGGCCACCGCGACUCCCGCCAUCUCGAGCUCGAUUCCGACUGAUACGGCGGUGGCUAACGGCACGAUCUACAGCCCGGUCCGGGUGCCGACGGCGCCGGUCCCUUCUCCGACAGCAGCAGGGGCGAGGGUCGGUGCCGUCAAGAUCUUGCCGUGGGCUUGCGGGGCAGCACUUGCGUUGGCGGUGCUGAUGUGAAGCCCUCACGGCGUGUGGCAUGUUUGAUGAGGAGUUUAUUGUAC